UACACAAUUUUCUCGCUGACCAAAAGGUUUUUAGCUCUGUUGCACAUGGGAGAGAAAGACAUAAGAGAUGGGAUUAAAGCUCGGAGCAAUCUUCCUUCUGGUCUUGGGAAUCACUGCAGAGGCUAGGACAGCAGAUAACCCUGAAACUGCUGCAUUUGAAGAUGUCAUUUUUCCAGCUGCUGGCACAGUACCUAUCACACCACCUAUUACCUCUACAACUGUGGGCAUAAACCCUACAGAAACAUACAAUAUUCCCCGAAGAAUUCUUACAUUCAAUCUUAGCGAACCAGUCUCACUGAUAAUAAGUGCGUACGUGCCAAGCAAAAACUCCAAAAUUGUGCAGGCCUCCCUGGAAAUGCUGUCAAUGUCAGACAUUACAUUUAAUUUAUUAGGACAAGGUAAUACGACGAGCCUAAAUGAAGCAAAUCCUCAGCUAGUCGUCAAUGUAUCAGUGGUCACUGCAACAGUGGAGACAUUGUUUUCUACAGUGUUGACCAACCAGAAUCUUUUCUUAACAAUUGACAUUAGUACCAAAUUUAACCUCACAGGUUACAUUACUACCAGUGCAACAAACAACUCAAGGGCUAAAUUUAGUAUCCAGGCAGUUACAACACCGGUUAGCACCACUGCGUUUGAUUCACUGGGGUAUGAUGAUAACAAUUCUACCUUCGUCGCAAUUAGAAUUGGACCAAAAUUGACAGUACUGACGCCCACCACAACUACCACUACUACUACUACUACUACUACUACUACUGCAACUUCUACUACAGCUAUUUCAUCAACUAUUGAAACUACUGAGCCUCCUUCAACCUGGACCACAACUAGACCGUCAACAACCGAAAUAACUGAAACAGCUUCAACCUGGCCUAAAACUACUUCAUCCACUAUAGAAACGACGGAAUGGCCUUCAACCUGGACUACAACUGCUCCAUCAACUAUGGAAACUACUGAGUCUCCUUCAACCUGGACUAUAGCAACCUCACAAAUCACAGAAACUACAGAAACCCCUGCAACUACUUCAUCAACUACAGAAACUACAAAAUUGCCUUCAACCUGGAUUUCAACUGUUCCACUAACUACAGAAUCCACUGAAUCACCUUCAACCUGGACUACAACUACUCCAUCAACUACAGAAUCACCUUCAACCUGGACUACAACUACUCUAUCAACUACAGAACUUACUGAGUCACCCUCAACAUGGACUACAACUACUCCAUCAACUACAGAACCUACAGAAUCACCCUCAACAUGGACUGCAAGUACUCCAUCAAUUACAGAAUCACCCUCAACAUGGACUGUAACUACUACAUCAACUACAGAAUCACCCUCAACAUGGACUGCAAGUACUCCAUCAAUUACAGAAUCACCCUCAACAUGGACUACAACUAUUCUAUCAACUACAGGAUCACCUUCAACCUGGACUACAACUACUACAUCAACUACAGAACUUACUGAGUCACCCUCAACAUGGACUACAACUACUCCAUUAACUACAGAACCUACAGAAUCACCCUCAACAUGGACUGCAAGUACUCCAUCAAUUACAGAAUCACCCUCAACAUGGACUACAACUACUCCAUCAACUACAGAAUCACCCUCAACAUGGACUGUAACUACUACAUCAACUACAGAAUCACCCUCAACAUGGACUGCAAGUACUCCAUCAAUUACAGAAUCACCCUCAACAUGGACUGUAACUACUACAUCAACUACAGAAUCACCCUCAACAUGGACUGCAAGUACUCCAUCAAUUACAGAAUCACCCUCAACAUGGACUGUAACUACUACAUCAACUACAGAAUCACCCUCAACAUGGACUACAACUACUACAUCAACUACAGAAUCACCCUCAACAUGGACAACAACUACUCCAACUACAGAAUCACCCUCAACAUGGACAACAACUACUCCAACUACAGAAUCACCCUCAACAUGGACUACAACUACUCCAUCAACUACAGAAUCACCUUCAACAUGGACUACAACUACUCCAUCAACUACAGAAUCACCCUCAACAUGGACUACAACUACUCCAUCAACUACAGAAUCACCUUCAACAUGGACUACAACUACUCCAUCAACUACAGAAUCACCCUCAACAUGGACUACAACUACUCCAUCAACUACAGAAUCACCUUCAACAUGGACUACAACUACUCCAUCAACUACAGAAUCACCCUCAACAUGGACUACAACUACUCCAUCAACUACAGAAUCACCUUCAACAUGGACUACAACUACUCUGUCAACUACAGAAACUACAGAAUCAUCUUCAACCCGGACAACUAUUCCGUCAACUAUAGAAACUACUCAGUCACCCUCAACCUGGACUACAACUACGUCUUCCACUACAAAAACGACUAAAUCAACACCAGCCCAGACCACAACAGUAUCCUCAACGACCGCUAGUACAAAACCAACAACCACCUUAAUUACCACACGUUCUUUAACUACUGCAGGUACAGAAAAAACAGCAACUAGUUCAACACCAAUACCAACUUCAUCCACAACAAUGGCAACUACAACACCAACAACAGCCAGUGCCAGUCCUACAAUUAAAUGUAAUACUGAAACUACUGUUGCAUCAACAAGUCAGUCUACCACAGCCUCUCCGCCAACACCAUCUCAAUACCUAUCCGUGUGGUUUAUCAUUGCCAUAUCUGUUUUAGCUGCCUUUGGUACAAGUCUUCUUUUCACACUUCUGGUUCUGAUUAUAAGGAUGCUGUGGAAAGCCAGAAGGCCAACUGGAAAGUACAAUCCUCCUGCAUCUCAGAGUAUCUAAAAGAGGACUUAUCCAUUCCUUGUCAUGUCAUAGCUGAUAUUCACUACACAGAAGUCUAAUGCCGCGUACACACGAUCGGAAUUUUUGACAAGAAAAGUUUGAUGUGAGCUCUUGGUCGGAGAUUCCGACUAUUUGUAGGCCCCAUCAGACAUUUUCUGUUGGAAUUUCCAACAGCAAAAAUUUGAGAGCUGGUUCUCAAAUUUUCCGACGGGAAAAGUUCAUGUCAGAAAUUCUUAUGCAAUUCCAACGGAAUGGUCAGAGUCAUUGAACUUUUUUUCGGCUCGUCGUAGUGUUGUACGUCACCGUGUUCUUGACGGUCGGAAUUUCCAACCACAUUUG